UAUUCCAUUUUGGGCUGUCCCUUAAUAAGUGUCUAUUUUGUAAAGUUAGGGGGGGUAAAAGUUGGUGUAUUGUCUAUUUUGUCCCUAAAAGUAGAUUUUAUUUUGAAAAGUUAGUGAGUAAAAGUGUAAUGAUGAUGGGUAAGUAGGGAAAGUGGAGGAAAAAGUUGAUGUGAAAGGUGUAAUGAUGAUGUCUUUUUAAUAAGUUGGAGUUACGAAGCAGGACACUUAAAAAGGGACGGAGGGAGUAUAUGAUUUUGUAAAGUAAUUGUAUUUCAUCUCAUAAUUAACAACAAAUCAACAAAAUAAAGUAUUAGUGUCUUGUCAGAGUUAAUUAGAGUGUCAUUGUCAUUUCAGUGUAUCGUAAUUUCGUAUCAUUGCACUGGUUCCGCCCACCAUAUUUCAUAUCCUAUCGGGCUCCUAGGCUAAUCUUAGAUUUUGCUACCUAAAAGCACUGCUUCCGCCGACCGUAUUUUUCAAAUUCCACUGGGCUCUCAGUCUUUAAUCAACUCACAACACAACACGACACUAGUACCGCCGACUAUUCUUUCAAAUCCCAUUGGGUUCCUAGGUAACACACACACCCAAGUCAUGAUUUUGUUGACCAUUCUUUCAGAUCCCACCAGACUAUCAUGCUCACACACGCAUACCAAGCCAUGAUUCCACCGACCAACUUUACUGAUCCUACCGAGCUCUCAUGCUCACACAAUCAUUAAUCUUUUUACAUUCCAUUUUCACAUUACUUUUUGUAUUUCACUUUUCAUUUCUCGUGUCUCGUAAAUAUGCAUCAUUUCUUUGCGUUCACAUUAUUCUUUAAAGUUCGCUAAAAUUAUGCGAUAAUAAAUUCCAAGUAUCAUGCUUUUCUCUUCCUGACAAGAAAGAUAACUUCAUGCUUAUAUAACAAAAAUGCUAGACACACAACCAUUCACAUUCACACAACGUGCUGAUGUCAGCUGACAUCAUCUCAAAACGACGUUGUUUUGACUUUAUGAAAAAAAACCCUAGCUUCCAGGUCGCAUUUCCCCUUUUCCUUCCAUCCCCACAUUCACAAUGAGAAGAGAAUCGAGAGAGAGGGUUGCUCCCACCACCACCACCACCACCACCACCACCAUCACCGGUGACGACGCUUCCACCUCCACCGGUGACCACGCUUCCCACCUCUACCACUGGUACCCAACCCCAAGUCUUCUGUUCUCAAAUCCCCCCUCCCUAUCUCGGGCUGAUUCUCCUGGUCAACGCAGACGAGGGCAGCGCUCUCCACCGCCGGCGACCGCCACCACAACCGGCUUCUGGGCAGUCCAACGUUACCCCUCCACGAAGGAGAAGUUGCCACCCACAGAUUCAAGGCUCAGACCUGAUCAGAGGUGCUUGGCAUGGCAAAUUCAGAGAAGUUGUGCCUCGAGCAACGGCAUCAGCAGAUGUUCGUUGGUGGAGUUGAGCGGAGAAAAAAUAUGGUGCGGCCAAGGGAGAGAGCCAUCUGGUAAAUCUAAAGGAUGGGAAAAGAAAUCAUCUGAUCAUGCAACUGUACGUAAAGGAUAGCUUAGCUGCUGCGAAAGUUAGCUAUGGGACCAAUAGCUUUGCAAAGACUAGUAGAAACUCGAAAAGGCAGUGAAAGAGAUUGAAGCUAUUCAAGUGAAUCAAAGGCCAAGGAAAAUGAUCAAUUUGUUGUAGUUUGGAAUAUCAAUAUGUACUAAGCUUUGUAAUAUCAAGUUGUAAUAUUGCGAAACCUAACUUCGUAUGUAAUUGAUAAUUGUGAUGAGAACAGCCCGGCGUGGGUUUUAAAUUUAUUGUAUUACGGUCUUCGUUGUGAAAUGAUAAUUUGGCAAUAGAUUUUGGCUA